AAUUAUCACCCUUCUUUAAAUUUCACCUUAUAUACUGUCAUCCGGGACUCGAAUUCCCUGGUCCGAGAACACGCAUUACCUCACAUGUAAAAGAAGUGGAAUAAUCCGAUGCUUCAAAACGAAGCAUAUAACAGUUCACAAAUAAUUACUUCAACCUAUUGAAUUUCUUUCCUAGCCUUGUGAAUCGUAUGUCCAACGUUAAGAUUCAUGCUUACAUACUAAAUAAGGCCAUAAAUUUAAUAGAAUGCUGCAGAAUUUGUUUGGAAACCGUAGUAAAGUGCACCCGGGUUUUGAUGAAUAACCCCGGCAUCCUACGGUUGCUUGCCUUCCAAUUUAUUUGUAGUUAAAAACCAAAAAAAGAGCAUCUGUUGUUUUUAUUCCUUCCCUCCAAUUUCCUCCACCUUAAUCUCCUUCCUCGGCUUCCUCUAUCCACUCCCACUCUAUUCCCCCAACCGCCACCAGUGACCAGCCUCUCUUUCUCUCCUCCCCUUUCACAACUACGCCAUGCAGACUGAUCAAAACAAGCAACAAGGAAAGAGUCAACUGCCCGCCCACCAUUACAGCGAGCUAACACAGCAGCAAAUUGGUAUGACGAUGGCGCCGACGCCGACGUCUAGUGCGCCGGGAGGCCGCAUGAAGCGGUUGUCAGUGAGUUCGAAGCUGUUGCAGCGCUGGAUCAUGUACUGCGUGGCCGCCUUCUGCAUCAUCCUCUCGCUGGCGGUCAUCCUCGGUGGCGUUGCAGUCCUCGCAAUCUUUCUGGCCUACCGCCCCCGCGGGCCCCGCCUCGACAUCCCCACCGCCACCCUUAACGCUGCAUACCUCGACUCCCCCGGACCCUCCUUGAAUGCCGACCUCACCUUCCUUGCCAACCUCUCCAACCCCAACCGCAGGAUCGACCUCAAAUUCUCUUACCUGCAGAUCGACCUCUACUUCCAGAGCACGCUCAUCGCCACGCAGGCCGUGCCGCCCUUCGCGGAGCGCCGUGGGGAGUCUGUGCUGCGCCAUGUGGACAUGCUGUCCAGCGAGGUGGCGCUGCCGCCUGAUGCUGCCAACGUGUGGCAGAACGGCACAGCCCCUGGCGGCGAUGGCGUGUCUUUGCGGCUCAUGGGGAAGUUCCGGACGAGGAUGGUCAUCGGUGGGUGGCUGAGGUACACGUACUGGGCGCGCGUGCACUGCGACCUCAUGGUCGGGCCGCCCCCCGCUGGCGCCUUGCUGGGCAGACAAUGCUAGGAACUGUUUUGCUUGGCUACAGGAUGCAAUGUUGUUGGAUAAAGUACUGUCUGAAUAACGCUUUUCAGAUGAGAUGAUGUUAGGGACCGUCUAACUUUGCUCUAAGCUGCGGCGCUACUAGCUAAAUUCUAUUUGAAGAGUGCUUUUCAAAGAAGCAUUAUGAUCAUUUUUUUCGGCCGUGAGAUGUGAUUAUUGUUGAAAGUAUAAGCCGAAGCAAAACCAAACAAAGUGCUUAGUUAGCUGUUGUAGUUUUUUUAUUUUUAUUUUUUAUUAUUCCUUCAUUAUUAUUUGAG